UACAAUUCCCUGCAAAGCGUUUGUCGCUCACACGGAAGUCCGCCACGUACCCAGCUUUCCUCAAGAGCGUGUGAAUGAUGAAUGAGGCAAGAUGGCAGCGAAACCCGUUGCAAACUUACCUAUUUUUGAUUGUCCGUCAUGGGCAGGGAAACCGCCUCCAGGGUUGCAUCUGGACGUCGUGAAAGGAGAGAAACUGGUGGAGGUUGCGUUCCGUGUUCUGUCCCUGCACCUGAUACUGACCUUGCGGUCCCCGGCCUCGUGGGCUGGGCCCCUGUGGCCCCUGGCCCAUGGCACCUUCUUGGGUCAUAUUCGGCUGGAGGCCCAUAAGCCCCAGCAGGUGCCCAUCGACUCCACCGUGUCGUUUGGGGCGUCGACCCGUGCCUACACCAUCAGAGAGAAGCCCCAAUCCCAGCCUAGCUCCGCCCCUGGCGACAGCAAACCCGGCGACGACGAGGAACUGAAGGGUCUGCUGGGCCUGCCCGAGGAGGAGACUGAACUGGAGAACCUGACAGAGUUCAACACGGCGCACAACAAGCGCAUCUCCACACUGACCAUCGAGGAGGGGAACCUGGAGCUGCAGAGGCCCAAACGCAAGAGGAGGAGCUCCCACGUCACCUUCAACGAGGACGACCAGAUCAUCAACCCAGAGGACGUGGAUCCCUCGGUUGGGCGAUUCAGAAACAUGAUACAGACAGCAGUGGUCCCCAUGAAGAAGAAGAAGCUGGAGGGCCAAAAUGCACUGGGCCUGGAGGACUCGGCAGGGCGGAGAUUGCAGAGCUUCCCUUUCAGCGGGGGUCUCUAUGGCGACCUCCCGCCCACCAGCCAUGAGGGCCCGCACAUGGGGGCCCAGGGUGGGGCAGGAGCCAUGAUGGGGGGCCUGCCCCUCCCCUUCCCAAACCCAGCCCCCGAAGUGGACCUCUCGCCCACCGCCGCCCAGCCGCCCGUCACCCUUAAACCCGCCCCCACUUACGUCUCUGAGGCGCUCAACGAGCCGCGUAAGAAGAAGUACGCCAAGGAGGCGUGGCCUGGCAAGAAGCCCACCCCCUCCCUGCUCAUUUAGCCCCGCCCCUCUUGAACUGAGCGUAUGGAGGGAGGGGAUUGACCGUCUGUUGGGGGUGUGGUUAUUGAGGGAAGGGUCCACGUUUUUUUUUAUUUUUGAAAAUAUAUUUGGGAGAAAUGUUAUCUACCAUUUUUAUUUUCUAUAUUCUACCGUUUUGUUUUUGUUCUCUCAUGGAUCUUUUUCACCAGUGCAUUCUGCUCAUGUGAACUCGGUCUUGCGUGUGAGCGAAUCGGAUUCUAGCGUGCACCGGCGACGCUCAGUCACACAGCAGGUCGUUUGUUACACGCGCUUUCAUUUGCUCACUCGUCAUAGCAACGUAUGAGGGGUGUGGUCAUAAGUGACCAUGUGACCAUAACGGACGACAGUUCACCUGUACCACUGUAUUCUCAUUUUAUAUAUUUUUUGUAUAAAUGUGUAAAAUAUUGCUUUUUUUCAUUAAGGGGGGGGGACUUUGGGAACAGUGGAUCUGUUGUGUCUUCCCCAAGCAGACAUGUUGACUCAGAGACCAAACGCUUUUCGGUGUUGUCAAGGCAACAGAACCCGUCCUUGCGUUCUGAAGGCACACCAGUCAAACUUUUUUCAGCCAUCGUAGCUGUGACACGAGUGGAUUCGAACUUGCAAAUUCAUGUUUCUGACUCCUCUGUUAGAUUUCUUUUUAUUUUUUCCUGCUUAACGGCGCUUUCCAAGCGUGAGGGGGUGGACCCCCGGGCCGUUAGUCCGGACUUGGCUUCCCAGAAACGGUCGAGGUUUACUUUAAAAUGUUUGAAACACAUUUGGAAGACCUGGUGCCAGAGUUUUGUGUGUGUGUGUGUGUGUGUGUUUCUUUCUUUCUGUGUGUUUGUCUGUCUGUGUGUGAGAGGUGGAGUGUGGAAACUCUCGGUACUUACAGCAGUGUGCGUGCGUGCGUGCGUGCGUGCGGGCAGUGUAAUGGAAAUUGUUAACUGAACGUCGUGCUGACACCACAUUUUCCGGAGGUUUUUGGAAGGCCUGUCUGGCAGGGGAAAGGCCAGGGAGCGUAAAUGAGGCACAAGUCCAAGUUCAGGGUUCUGGAGCCAAGCAGGCAUGCCCGCUGUAGACUGCUGCUGGCCCACAGGAGCUCAGCCAGGGUCACGGAACAAUCCAUUAAUCCAGAACUCACCUGCCUGGUGCUGUUCAGACUUCAGGGCUCUCUCUCCACAGCGUCCUGCGUCUGCUCUUACACCUCGGUGCAAAUGAAAUGUGUUGCAUUGGAGGUUAAAAUGAGGGUUUUUACAGGUCCCGUCCAGUAGAUGCCAGUGUAUAUAUAUAUAUAUAUAUAUAUAUAUAUAUAUAUAUACGCACACGUACAUGCAUACUAUAUGACCAAAAGUAUUUGGGGCUGUUUUUCGCUGUUAGGGCUUGGUUCCAGAGAAGGCAAAUCUUAAUCCUACAGCAUACAGUCCCAUUCUGUAUGAUUCUGUGCUUCCCCAACAGUUUGGGGAAGGCCCUUAUGUUAAUACCCCCAGGCACACACCGAGCUCCAUGCACAAAUGGGUUUUUUUGAGAACGGUCUGGGAGAACCUGACUGCCAUGCACACCGAGCCCUGACCUGAGCCACAUCCAACACCGUUCUGCUUUAACUGGGAAGUCGACUGAGCCAGGCCUAAUCGCCCAACCAGUGCCCGACCUCACUAAUGCUCUUCUGGGUAAAUGGAAGCAAAUCUCCAAUGCAGCAAUGCUCCAACAUCUAAUAUAAAGCCUUCCCAGAAGAGUGGGGGGUUGUUAUAGCAGCAAAGGGUGGACCAAAUCCAUAUUAAUGCCCAUCAUUUUGCAUGAGAUGCCAGGUGUUCAUAUACUUUUGGCCAUGUGGUGUGUAUAUAUAUGUAUACACACAUACACAAUUUAUAGCAUGUAAUCCCCACACCAUUUGCAGGGUGAUCAUUCUAUUCUGUGAAGUACCAGCGUGUGAUCGUUUUAAACUUGUGAAUAAUGGAAAGCAAUUUCUACUAGUUUUGUACAGUCAUGUUUAAAUUUGUGUUCAAAUGACCCUUAACUGUCCUUCUUGGACAUCAGACACAACUUUUAAUUUGUAAACUGCACCUCUUGGAAAAAUAAAAACCAAUACAUUAACUAAUUUUUGUCACAAAGUAAA